UUGUACAGGAUACAGAGAUGGAGUCAAAACCCUCAAGGAUUCCUCGCAAGUUAUCUGUUCAGGCUUCCAGCUCCCCUCUAGGAUCCCGAACAUUGACUGGAAACAGUUUAGCUGGUGCAUAUAGUACAAGAGAAUCUUCAUGGAGAUUAGAGUCUGGAUACCAGGAAUCCAGUGUGUUGAACAGUUCCAGUAGAGACUGGGGAAUUCGAGAAAGAGACACCCAUGAAACUCCUUGGAAGCUUACAACGUCCUCUCCAACUCGCUACUCAGGGACACUUGAUCAUCCACAUUCUGGAAGAUUCCUGGGAAGCAGAAGCAGAUUGUCUGCAUCUUCUUCCUCUCAUUUUACAUCUGGGUGUUCUGGUGAGUCUGAGAGAACUCAGGGAGCAUAUUCAAGACUGCAUAGCCAGCAGCAAGAUAGUGAUUCAAAGAGACCUAAGCUGUCUUGUACAUCUACCUCUUCUGUGAGAAGUAAUGGCUUGGCUGCCUUUUCAGAUUCCUCAUGGAGAUACAGUAGGAUUCCUAGGUCUUCAUCGGUCAUGCUUGGCUCCCUUGGGACUGAGCUGGUGAGAGAGCAAAGGGAGUUAGAAAGAAGAACAGAUCUGUCUGCUAAUAACCUGAUGGAUCCCAGCUACAGAAACAGUGACUUUUCACCUUCAGCAUAUCUUCAAGACAGGCCUGCCUCUUCAUAUGCAGAGGGAGCCAGACCAAAAGAGACCUCGUUAAGCACUUUGAGGCUGAAUGCAUCCAUGAACCGCCCGUUGCCUUCUGAUCAUCAGCCAUCGUUUUUCAACAGAGACUCUAACAUGAGCUCUUCAAGAUCCAGCUAUUCCUCCAGACAAAGGAGAAGUGAAUUGGAAUCUCCUCAGAGGAGAGUGCAGCCAGCAUUUUCUCUUACUGCCAUUAGAGAUGAAGCCCCUUCCUCAGGUGGCUCUGACAGGGUGUUGUCCUCUCAGAGGUCGCUGACGGAGCCUGCGGCUGACAGCGAGGGGAGACGCACCACCAGGCAGCUGCUGUCUCGUUUAGCAUCCAGCAUGUCAUCUACGUUUUUCUCUCGAAGGUCUAGCCAAGACUCAUUGCAUACAAGGUCAUUAGGCUCUGAAGAGGCACCGGUGGUCCCAAGAGUUCAAGCUUCUUCCUUGUCAAGUAGUAAUGGAGCUGCAACUCUGGAAGUUCAAGGACUUCAGGCAUCUGAAGCUUCUCAGGGGUUUAGUUUCCUUGGGCGAAGAUGGGGCUUGUCAGGAGUUUCCCAGAAUCGCAGCUCUGAUUCAGACGGGGAAAGCUACAGACCAGACUCUGAAAGCAGGAGCACGGGGUCCUGGUUGUCAUCAUCUCUGAGGAACAGAUGUACACCUCUCUUUUCCAGAAGAAGAAGAGAAGGAAGAGAUGAAUCCGCGAGGAUCUCUGCCUCUGAUACAACUGCUAGGUCACAACAUGUCUUUAGGAGGAGAGAGUCAGGUGAGGAGGCCUCUCUUGAAGCAUCAGAUGGCCCUCCCCGGGCUUCUGUGAGCAGACCACCAACACCUGCAGUGUCUGGUAUUUCUGCAGCUACUGCCUCCCCACCAGAUUCAGCCCACAGUAGAAGAAGCUCUGGAAUUCUGCCUGGUUCUCUCUUUCGCUUUGCAGUGCCUCCAAUAUUAGGAAGCAGUCUGUCUGACAAUCUUAUGAUAACUGUAGAUAUUAUUCCCUCUGGCUGGAAUCAGUCUGAUGGACAGGAAAGUGGCAAGUCUAAAAUACCACCUUCAAGAGAUCCGGAAAGACUCCAGAAAAUUAAGGAGAGCCUGCUUUUAGAAGAUUCUGAAGAUGAAGAGGGUGACUUAUGCAGAAUCUGUCAGAUGUCCUCCUCAAGUUCUGACAACCUGUUAAUAGAGCCGUGCAAAUGCACUGGAAGUUUGCAGUAUGUCCACCAGGAGUGCAUGAAAAAAUGGCUGCAGUCCAAGAUUAAUUCAGGUUCUUCUUUGGAAGCAGUGACAACUUGUGAACUGUGCAAGGAGAAGUUGCAUCUGAAUCUGGAAGACUUUGACAUUCAUGAACUCUAUAGGGCACAUGCAAAUGAACAAGCAGACUAUGAAUUUAUCAGCUCUGGUCUCUACCUUGUAGUGUUGUUACACUUAUGUGAGCAGCGCUUUUCUGAUAUGUUAGGAACUGCCAAUGAGGCCAGCACGCGAGUCAGAUUUAUUAACCUUGCAAGAACUCUUCAGGCACAUAUGGAAGAUAUUGAAACUUCUGAGGAUGAUUCUGAAGACUGAUGCUGGUGGAACUUUUGUACUGCAAGAGACAAACGGAAUUGCUGCAGAAAUGCUGAACUGGCAACAACAACAGCAACACACAUUUGUUUUACUCCUCUCCUUAAUAAAAAGCGCAUUGAAUAUUACUGUAGUUCUUGAAGCAUUGCUGAAAACAAACUCAGCUGCUGCACAGUGGAACUCAGUGGACUUGAGAACUACUCAGCAUGUGUGAGGAUUAGAUACAUACAAAGCAACUUCCGUUUUUAAUUGACGAGGAUGAUGUGCUUUGUUUUGGAAGACAUCAGAUUUUGAAUCUAUAAGGAAGCUCUAUCUCCCUUUGUGUUUCCUUCUUACUGUAGUCAGAUUUCUGGUUUUGUCUUACUGGGCUUUGCUCCUCUACUGGCACUAAGUGGUUAUAGUGGGUUUCAGGGGGAGGGUGGGGAUGUCCAUGUACUUCAAUAGGUUUUGUUUGGGUGUUUUUAAAUGCCUCUUUUGCUGCAUCAUAUAAUAACUGAUUGCUUCCAGUGUUAUGAAUGAACAGGAGGACAAGCAAGAUACUGUAGGGAUUUGUUUGGGUUUUGGUUUAUUUGGAAGAUUAUUAUUUAACUCAAAAAGCAAUAAGAACUUGCAGUGGUCUUUUAAUACUCGGUGAUGGCUUUUUUACAUACCAGUUUGGAAAUUGGAGAUUAUAUUUGAUAUCAUGUGGCUGUUCCAUUAUGGAAUAUUGCAGGUGUAAACUCUUGCAUUUCACCAUUCCUAGCAGAUAUGCAACUUGAUAAAGACCUAAGGUUGUUUAGUUUAAUCAGACUUUUUUUAGAUCCCACCAUCACUGUUCAAAACACUGGUUAUCAAUGUGUUUUCUAGUGUUGUCACUUCUUUAUAAAUAAAGUUGAUAGAAGUAUGCAUCACU